AUGGCGUCCAAUCCGGGCGCCGUCGCGACCGAAGCCCCGCCGUCCUCGCGCACAUCACCACCGUUAGCUGCCCCAGCCAUCAUCACCUCUGAGGAUGGCAUGAGAACACUGAAGCGCCAACGCGAGGCUACGCCUACCUCUCCGGAGCCUCUGGACUCGAGUCGGCCCAAUGCUCUCGGCUCUCCAUCGAAAUCCGCCCGCCUUGCCCUCGCGACCGCACAAUCUCCACCCCCGUUGCCUGGCGCAGCAGCUUUAGGGGACGAAAGAAGGCGACGGGAAGCCGAACGAGAAGUGAGCCCCCAGUCGAGUGCCGAUAAUUCCAGUCACAGGGUACUUGCUUCUUUGUUGUCGGGCGCAGCCGAGGAGGCUAUCAACCGGUCCAAUGACGCGCCCCAGAUGGUUCCUGUAGCUGCCAUGGAAUCUGCCGCGUCCAAACACCCCAAUUCUGCACCGAUUUCUACAGACACGUCAAACCGUAUUGACGAGCAUAGGGAGACUACUCCACAAAGCCCUGGAGGUAUUACUGGCGCUGGCGUGACGACGAGCCCGACCCCGAUGGACCUAGACCUCAAGGAUCUGCCUCAUGGUUUGUCGCAUGAAGUGAUAGGCCAUGAGGAGAGAGCUCAAGCAAGCUCAUUGUCGUACCCUGGGUCGCUACAAGCGAGUAACAGUCUAGCGGAAACGACUCCUCGCGGUAUGAGCUUUCCCAUACCUGGCCAUUCACAAGGUUCACCCACUUCAUCCUCGUCCAAGAAGCACAAGUGCCCUUACUGCAAUACCGAGUUCACGCGACAUCACAAUUUGAAGAGCCACCUCCUCACGCACAGCCAAGAGAAACCAUACGUAUGCACCGAGUGCCCUCUAAGAUUCCGCCGUCUUCACGACUUGAAGCGACACGGGAAGCUUCACACGGGCGAGAAGCCACACGUUUGCCCGAAGUGUGAUCGGAAAUUUGCUCGAGGUGAUGCAUUGGCACGACACAGCAAGGGCGCCGGAGGGUGUGCUGGGCGACGAUCCAGCAUGGGGAGCUUUGCCGACGGUGACGACCUCGACGGCCAUUCCAUGGGGGAGGCAGAUGAAUCAGCCAUGUCAGGGAUAGGAUACGAGAAUGGAGAGGAAGAGGAUCUUCGGAGGCAGAGCCUGCCUACUGUCCAUGCACAGCAUGUGGCAAGCAGUGACAAUGAGAGCUAUAGCAACCACUCCCGCACAUACCCUCCCGCUCUAACCCGACCGACCGGUAGCUCGCUAUUUGCUUCCAAUGUCAGUCAGAAUCAGGCUGGCAGCACUACGUCGUCGAGUAUUCCGAACAGCAUGGCUAGUGCGCAUACACCCAACACCAGCAUUUCUUCAGCUCCUGCCAGUGGUGGGAACGGAGGCAUGUACUCGCAGGCUGGGAUGACGGAGAGUCCCAAGCCAUUGAGCCCUGGUAUUCCCAGCCAUGAAUCCUCAAACUCGACUCGCCAACGCUCUCCCGGGCUACCACAACAAACUCAGCAGCAGCAGGGAAGCCGGCGACUCUCAGAUUUGCAGCCACCGCCCGCGGGUCUAGCACAGACAAAGUUGCCGGGCUUGUCACAUCCAUCAUACCCACCACCUACCAGUUCACCCAAGUUCAGUAGCCAUGGACGUACUCUAAGUGGUCAGCAGCCUGGCGGUGAUAACCGAAACUUGUUUGUGCAAGCUGAUUCGAAUGUCUGGGCUUAUAUCCACAAUUUGGAAGAAAAAGUCAAAUCCCUCAACGAUAAGGUAUCGACCCUCGAUCACGAGGUUCUAAGCUUAAAGAAACAGCUAGAUAAUCGCGACGGGGCGUCUGCCGCCGCUGCUGCUGCUGCCGUUGCUGCUGCUGUGGCUACUUCUGCCCAAUAA